AUGGCCUCCCAAGACAAGCACGACGACACAGGCUCUGAUACAGCUUCAGAGUUCCACACCCCAAUCUUGACGCCUGCAACAACAUCCGUAGCAGGCGAAGAUGUCGAGGACGAUCAUGUAAGCGACAUACCGUGGCCCGGCAAGCACUUCUACAUCAUCGAAAAGGAGACCGGCAAAGCCAUCACACUCGUCGAGGACAGGCCAGUUCUCAUGGACCUCCAAGGCGUCCGCGAUCCCGCCACCAUGUGGUAUUGCGUCGAGAAGCAAGGGUAUUUUGGGUUCUUAAACAAAAGCUGGGGGAAGUUCAUUGGUCAUGACAGCAAGAGCGACGUAGGUUCCAUGGUAGGUCUGGAUUACGCAUGGACGGGAGUCGCAGGUCUUAUUACCGGUGAUUUAGCGACUGUGGGCAAGUCGGAGGCGUUGAAGAUUUCGAUUAAUAGGACGGAUCCGUGA